AUGCAGCUCAGCAACAUCCUUCUCCACGCAUUGGUUUUGGCCCCUGUCUUUGCUCAUCCAGAGCGGAUGACGGCCGAGAAGGCCAAAUCCGAGGCCCACGUGGUCGGCCGUAGCACAAACAAGUGCGCAGCUGCCAUCGAAGCGCGUAAGGCUGAGAUCUUCGCUAAGAGAGCCAGCCGUCUGCGCACUCGUCGGGCUCAGAAUGGACACGCCGAUGAGCGCGAGCUUUUGCAGCGCGAUUCCCUGCACUACACCACCAUUCAGAAUGACACCUGCGUUUUGGCCCCUGAUACCGUCUGGGGACCCUAUGGUGUUGACGGUGAAAUGGUUCGCCAUGAUCUCCGCGAGACACAGGGAGGUCUCGACUUUUACCUCGACAUCGGCGUGAUCGACAUCGAGACCUGCGAGCCCCUGUCCGGAACGGCCCUAACGAUCUGGAACUGCAACGCCACCGGCUCCUACUCGUCCUUCACCGGAAUCGACCCCGAUUCCGCGGAGCUGAUGGACAACUGGACCAAGAGGGACGAUGGAACAACGGACGACGAGACGUUCCUGCGCGGUAUUCAAGUGACCGACCAGAACGGCAUCGUCGAAUACCUCACCAAGUUCCCCGGAUACUACAUCACCCGCACCACGCACAUCCACGUCACCGCCCAGACGAACAUCACCAACGGCACCUCGUACUCGGCCAGCAAGGUCCAGCACAUUGGGCAGCUGUUUUUCGAGGAGGACCUCCUGAGCCAGGUGUACGCGCUGGAGCCGUACAGCGCGCACUUGACCACCUUGAACCGCACUACCAACGCGGAGGAUUCGCUGUACUCUGACGCUAGCUCUGACGGCUACAGUGCUGUGAUUAGCGUUACGCAGCUGACUGGUAACAUUGAGGAUGGUCUCGUUGGCUAUAUCACACUUGGUGUAAACUCUUCAGCCGAGGGUCUGGCCAUCACCGGUGGCGGCGUCAACCCCCAGGGUUAUCUCCCCACCGUCAGCGUGGCUGAGAGCAAGCUAGCUCAAGCUACUGCUAUCGACAGGGCUGAUGGGUACCAGUCUUAG